CAAUGAUUUGCAAUUUUAAAUAUUUUUUUGAAGUGAUUCAUCUUUUAAUCAUAGAAUCCAGGAUACGAGAGUCGCGUCAUCAAAUCAAAGUGGAUAUAUAUUAGACACAUGUCUUCAUUUUGUACGCAGUCUUCGCUGAUGAUCAACAUCAAAAUGAAGGUUCUUGCUGUGUUUUUCGUUGCUUGCGUAGCCAUUGCUGUUGGACAACUUGUAAUUUACGACGCGACAUCUCAGCCUAAAUGCACGCUGGUUGGACCACGUACAAAGAGACUCGAUUGUCGCUGGCAUGCGGGUCUAGACAUGGUGGACCAAAUCAUUGAGGGAGGUCGCAUAAUCGCUUACAAGAUCCAGUGGUUUAACUUAGCUUGGUCUGACUGGUACGUUUCUGGCAUGAACGACCUCGACGGAAAGUUCAACCCCAACGCCGUGCCUUGUGCCGUUCCAGUCAAGGCCAACUCGUUGAGAAAAAUGUGGUCCUAUUUUUACGACCACACUCACCAGUUCAUCAUUUGUAAGCCAAAUUAAUAUGAAGUGCACGCAACAAAAUGACAAGUUGUAUUUUCUUUUAUACCUGGACUUUUAAAUAAUUAUGUAUUCCAUCAUCGGCAUGUGUUUUUCAAUAUUUAAUGUGAACCGUAUUUAUUUCACUCAACACAUGUAUUGAAAUAAUAAAUUGUAUAAUUGUUGUUGCCAACGUUGCUGACAUGUACGGCAAUAAAAAGGAUUUUACGGUAAUAAAGAAAUCUAAACAUCAUACAA